ACUCCGCUGCUUCGGUGGAUUUGACGUCCAAGACGUGUCUCCUGCAAAUGCGACGAGAUGAAAGCUAACGCUGGCUACCUUUUAAAAAAUCCUAUUCUAGGGACAUUUCCGCUUCCUUAGUUAUCUCGAGAGUUGUCUCCAGUUAGGGAAUUACUGCGUCAGUGUUGCAGAGAAGGCUUUUAUUGUGACAGGCUUCAUCUGCAGAGGGAAGGAUUGAUCCAUGGCAGAAUGGAUUGAGGUGCGGAAGGAAGCCAUGGAGGAGCCAGAGGAGCCUGUGACUUUGUGUUGUUAGCUUCUAGUCCGUAAAAUGACUUAAUAUUAGUUAUUAACUGUCCAAAAGUGCGUACGUCUUAUUAAAGUGGACUAAUGCUAUGCUGCGCAUGCGCCCUGGAUAUGUCAGCUGCCCUGCAUGUACCUGUCAUUAAAUAGAUCCCAGUCUAAUCCAGAGCAGUGGUUUUCACUUUACAGCCAAACUAAUAUAUUAGAUCAGGCCCUAAUCUACCUAACUGCAAUUUUAAAUAUUUAAAUUGUUGAUCUGAAACCAGAGUGAAAUCAGAUUGACUUUGUGAGUUAGUGUAAACUCUGCAUGAGUUGCAGACAGUUAAACUGGUAGGUGGUCCCUCUAUGGGAGACAGUGCUGGCCGGAGCAGGACUGUUGUAGGUCAGAGAUGGGAGGUUCGGUGUCUUGCUGCAUCUCUCCUGGAGAGAGUCCCAAAAUCCACCGGAGAGAGGUGGAGCUGGAGGAGUGUCCCAUCACCACCACGGAGGACGUGAGCGAGGACACUGGGACCUACCUGCAGCACAUCAGCGACAGGGAGCUCCCCGAUGAGCUGGCCCAAGAAGCCAACCCAUCAGACCAUCCCAGAGCCAGCACCCUCUUCCUCAACAAGUCACAGACAGACGUGCGUGAGAAAAGGAAAAGCAACUACCUGAAUCACAUGUCCCCGGGGCUCCUGACAAAGAAAUACAGUUCCUGCUCAACAAUUUUCAUUGACGAUAGCACAGUCAGUCAACCCAACCUCAAGAGCACCAUCAAGUGCGUUGCAUUGGCCAUAUACUAUCACAUAAAAAACAGAGACUCAAACCGCUCGCUGGAUAUAUUCGAUGAGAAGAAGCACCCUUUGACGCGAGAAAAGGUACCAGACGACUACUCUGUGGUCGACCCAGAACACAAGCUCAUCUACCGCUUCAUACGAACGCUCUUCAGCUCUGCACAGCUCACUGCUGAGUGCGCCAUCGUCACUUUGGUUUACCUGGAAAGGCUGUUGACGUACGCUGAGAUGGACAUCUGUCCAUGCAACUGGAAGCGGAUUGUUCUUGGUGCCAUCCUGCUGGCCUCCAAGGUCUGGGACGAUCAGGCGGUGUGGAACGUCGACUACUGCCAGAUCCUCAAAGACAUCACAGUAGAGGACAUGAACGAGAUGGAGCGUCACUUCCUGGAGCUGCUCCAGUUCAACAUUAACGUCCCAGCCAGCGUCUACGCCAAGUAUUACUUUGACCUUCGCUCACUUGCUGACGACAACAACCUCAGUUUCCCUCUGGAGCCGCUGAGCAACAAGAGGGCACAGAAACUGGAGGCCAUCUCCAGGCUGUGCGAGGACAAGUACAAGGACCUGAGAAAAUCAGCCAUGAGGAAGUCCGUCAGUGUGGACAACCUGGUGGGCAUCAAGAACUCCCAGGCCGUGCUGUCUUAAGACCGCCACGGAGGACGCGGUGCAACACUGAAGGAGUCGGACAGCAUUCGCCAAGAAAUAGAUCACGAUUAUUAUCAAUAACUGAAAAGUUCUAUUACAUAAUGUUAAAUGUUGAGGAACAAAAGAGCAGAAGUUUACUUUACAAUAUCUUUAAAGUAUAAUGAAUCCAGUCUCUAUGUGUUCAUAACAAAGAACUUCAGCCAUCUGCCUUUAAAGCAUGAUCAUUGGUGAAAUAUUUUGCACACUUGUCAAUUUGUUUUUUAAUGGAUGUGUAACUUUGGAUGGACUCAGCAUGAAAAAUGCUUCCUGACAUCACACAAACUGAGGACCUCAUCUUUUAUUUUUUUCUUCACAUCAGCCGAUCUUCUAAGGAGUCACUUCUCCAGCUUUGGCUUCUUCUCUCCACCAGCCGUGUCCCCUCACCUUUCUUCACAAGAUGACAAACUGUCUCGAACUACCCUGUGGUGUAGUUCUGUACAUGGACAAAGAGUAGACUUUGUUUUGCUUACUAUGUAGGCCCUUAUAGCUGUGAAAUGUACAAGACUUUAUUUAAUUCAAAUAAAUUUCAGUCGCUGUUUAAAGUCGAGGCUUAGAUGGGAAA